CUCAUGCCUGGAACCGUGUGUUUUUAUUCAGCAGCAGUUUGGCGGUCACUACUGGGACGCUGAGGCAGCCGUACACGCACACCUGUAUGGAGGGUACAUUUUGAGUGCGCCGCCGGCUUUACGGUAAACUGACCCCGCCCUCCAUUAGAAAACUGAUGUCGCUCCGUUUUUUCUGAGCUUGACCCACAAGGGAGAGAAGGAGGGGAUAAGAGGGUAGAAAACGCACAAAACGGAGUCGUCUGGAAGGGGUCGGGACAGGCUUUUCCUGAGCAGUCCUUCUCUCGUGUUUCUGGGCCCGGCGGUUCACCAGAUUCCUACACAUGACUGACUAGAGCUCCAUCUCUGAUUGCGGUGCCACCUCUCACCUCUUUUACCGAGCCACGCCCACAGGUGAAGCGCGUAUGGAGCAGUGUGAGAAUGCAGCGGCUCUGCUGGAGUCGGUCAGGGAGCAGGAGGUGCAGUUUGAACAGCUGACCCGAGCGCUGGAGGAGGAGAGGAGGAGAGUUGGCCUCCCUGCCACCAGCCCCUCCGGCCUGGGUCGCCCCCUCCCUUACACACAGAACGGGCGUUUAGGGGAUGCAGACAUAGAGCGUCUGAAACUGACGGACUCCUACAUGAACGGCACACAGUACAGGAUGGUGGACCCUGCACACGGUGCUCUUGAUGAGAGCUACACACCAGAGGAUGAAUCCCUGGAAGCACACUCGGUCUUCUCUGAGGAGGGAACAACGCGGCGGAUGGAAAAUGGGAUGAAGAAACCUAUCUCACGCCCGGUGCUUCCCUCUGUGACUAUUGAUGGGGGGUUGUCACCUGGUAUGGGUAUGUACAGCGCCACGCUGGACCGUGGUUACAGGACGACUGGUGUAGGCGACUACCCGACCGCCACAGUACCCAGAAACUACCACUACGGCCCCGUGGGAGGAUACGAUGACUAUCGAGGGCCCCCGUCAGAAGCGUACACCAGCCUGAGCCGCGGCUCCCACAUGGAUGAUCGUUACAGGGCUGUUGAUGGCUACAGGACUCUGGAUUCUGGUUACCGGGCUCCCAGUCGUCAGCAGCUAGACCCGUAUGCCGCACAGCCCCAGGUGACUCAGAGGAUGCGGGCUUUGGGCUCGGCUCUGGAGAUGAGAUAUGGCCCUGGUCACUUCGGUUUGGAAGACGAGCAGCGCCGCAUGGGGUACGACGACUACUUGGGGCCUCCACCGAUGCACCCUGGAGGCUACGGUACCAUGCCGCGGCUCGGUCCGUCCUCAGCGGGAAUGGACAGACGCAGGCUCCGGAGCUGUGAGGACACUUUGGAUGGUGCCAUGGAAGGAGUUGACCCUUAUACGUGGAGUGUUCCCAUGACGAUGGACCGGGGUAGCAUGGCUUCUCUGGACAGCACGUUGAUGAAGCCCCCUCCCUCUUCAUGGAGACAACCAGAACUACCAGAGGUGAUUGCCAUGCUGAACUACCGCCUGGACCCAGUGAAGACUAACGCCGCCGCCUUCCUCCAGCAUCUCACCUUCAAAAACGACAAGGUAAAGUCGGAUGUUCGUCGCCUCAAGGGUAUUCCAGCCUUGGUAUCAAUGUUGGACCACCCCAGCAAAGAGGUCCAUCAUUCAGCCUGUGGAGCACUGAAGAACAUUUCAUAUGGACAGGAUGCAGACAACAAAAUAGCUAUUAAAAAUUGCGAUGGAGUACCAGCUUUGGUCAGGUUACUGAGGAAAACCCACAAUCAGGACCUCACAGACACCAUCACAGGCACACUGUGGAAUCUCUCUUCUCACGAUUCGGUAAAGAUGGAGAUUGUGGACCACGCUCUUCAUGCCCUGGUUGACGAGGUGAUCGUCCCUCACUCAGGCUGGGAGAGAGGCGGCAGCAGCGGGGUAGAAGAGAGCUGCAAACCACGACAUCUGGAGUGGGAGACCGCCUUGACCAACACCGCUGGCUGCCUCAGGAAUGUCAGUUCAGAGCGGAGAGAGGCCAGGCGAAAGCUUAGAGAAUGCUCCGGACUGGUGGAUUCACUCAUGUACAUCGUCCAGUCACAGAUCAACCGCCAGGAAGUGGACAACAAGCUGGUGGAGAACUGUGUCUGCCUCCUGAGGAACCUGUCAUAUCACGUUCACAGCGAAGUCCCCGGCUGUGAACAGUACGCAGAGAGCCUGCCUGUGAGCCAGGGCCCGGCUCAGGCUCACAAAGGAGGCUGUUUUGGGUCGCGAAAGGGCAAAGAUGAGUGGUUUUCCAAAGCAAAGAAAAACGGAGAUGAUGGAGGUGGAAAUCCAAUAGAAAUUCCAAAGAGGACAACACCUGCCAAAGGUUAUGAGCUCCUCUUUCAGCCAGAGGUGGUUCGUAUCUACACAUCACUGCUCAAGGAGAGCAAGAACCCCUCUGUGCUGGAGGCUGCUGCCGGUGCCAUCCAGAACCUGUGUGCUGGCCGAUGGAGCUAUGGUCGGUAUAUCAGGGGCAAGAUGCGCGAGGAGCAUGGCCUCCCCUUGCUGGCAGAACUGCUCAACUACAAUAAUGACCGUGUCAUUCGUGCUAUGUCUGGAGCCAUGAGGAACCUUGCCACAGACAACCGGAACCGUGAACUAUUAGGUUUACAUGCUGUGCCUCACCUGGUGGCCAACCUGCCUGGAGGCCAGAACCAGCCGGGGCGCGCCCUGUCAGAGGAAACCGUGGUUUCACUACUGAGCACACUGGCCGAGGUGUUGGGCACCAAUGUGGAGUCGGCCAAGAUUCUCAGAGAAAAACAAGGCAUUGAGAGGCUGAUGCUUAUUAUCAAAGAUGGGAAGAGCUCGGAACGUGAGGUGAGAGCAGCACGUCAGGUUCUGCAACUCGUCUGGGCUCACAAAGAGCUUCGUCGGCCGCUGGAGAAGGACGGCUGGAAGAAAGCGGACUUCAUCAGUCCGAUCCCCAGCAGCACCACCAACGGCCCGAGCACCAGAACCAACGGCACCUAUGAGGACAGCACCGUACCCCUGCUGGACAGAGGAGAGAAGAGGGACGUGAUUCCACUGAAUGACCUUGGAUCGGAGGCCUACUCUACACUGGACCAGAGGGAGAGGAGACACACUCUGGAUGAACCCACAGACACCUUGCAGCGAGGGGUGUAUGGGGGCAGAAAGGGCUCCCUGCCUCUGUUGGACUCCUACGAUGAAAAACUGAUAGUGUGUAUCACCCAGACGGGGCCGGCGCCGCCCUACCACUGCUACUGAGGAGAGAAGCGGCAGAGCGUCUCCUCUCUUUAGCCUCCUCUGUCUCCACACAGAUGGGAUCAAAACAUGAGGGGCUGGCAUCCAAAGAGUUUAAUGCAACACACACACACACGCACACACACUUAUUUCAAUUAACUGUAGCAGCAGAACUCUGUUUCACUUAUAAAUUAUAAUUGUCUUCUGUAAAGGCAGUUGCCUUUGACAAUCAUUUAACUUUCAUUCUGCUUUUAUCCCAUUUGUUUUUGUUACUGUCAAAAGUAAAACCUUUGAAUGGUGAAACAUGGCUCCAUCCUGAUGGCAGAUUUGUAUUUAGACUUCUAUGUCGGGUUUAUACUGUAUAUAAAAGAAAACGGGAUGACUGCAUUAAGUUUUGGCUCACUAAUUUAAACGGACCCUUUCCUGGGAGUGUUUGGAGGUCGAAUGCACUGACAGGCUGCCUGUAGAUAGAGAAUGUUUAUAUAGGAGUUAUUUUCCUGUCUAGAGUUAUUUCCUGUGUGUUGGGAUGAGCACAGGCCUGAAAGGCUCGGUGUGUGAGUGUGUGUAUUUGUCAACACUAAACCUGUGGCUGUGUGUGUAUUUUGUGUUAAAAUGACCACGGACCUUUUUUUUUUUUCUCCCAGCGUGUCUAUGUGACUCACCAGACACUUACCAGAUGCCACAAGUUGUUUUGGGUGAUUUCUUUUUGUAUUGUUUCUUCCUGUUGCCUCUUUUUGUGUCUCAUGUUCAACUUUAAAAUGUUUCCUUUAUUCCCCAGUUUAAUAAAAAUUAGUUUGUUUAUUUUUUGUCUGGAUUUAGCAGAUCAGUACGUUUGAACCCGGUACUGUGAUGUGAAGCUGUGAGGAAACGCUACUACAUUCAAACCAUUCCUGUCUCUACUGUAAAAAAUUAUUUUUUUUCUAAAUUGGGAUUAAUUAUCCUCCUGGAAAUCUGCACGUUCUGUUUGUAGCGUUUGUUUCUUUGCUCUGAAGAGACUCGAGUUGUCACUGAAUUUGGAGAGAUGAUGUUUUGAGGUCAGGAGGAGGACAAAAGCACACUUUAGUCUCUGAAUUAGGAUGUUUUUGUAUUUUCCUCUUUGUGUCUGGUUUAUUUCCGGGGUUUUUUUGUGGGUGAGAGCAUUAUGCAUUUGUUCAACUUUCUAAUUUAUCUUUUACAGUUUUGAAAAGCAAAACAGACCAAUCUUGUUUGAUUAUAUUUCAUAAACUCUUCUCACACACACACACAGAUAUUUGUACUGUUGCCUAUCCAUGUAAAAUGAUGACGUACAUUCACGCCUGCCUUGUUGCUUUUUUCAGUGAUGUAUGUAAAACUGUUGUUUGUUUUUUUAAAUAAAGAUCUUUUCUCAGACUA